CUAAUCUAAAGUUUCUAAACGAAAGUUCUAAGCGGGAAUCUAGAACGUCGGAGUGGAAUUACAUGCCAGAACCAUGGUCCAGGAGCUAGGGCCAGCCUCCCGCACAGCUUGGCCGUGAUGGGGGCUGAGCACUUUAGCUGUACAUUUAUUGCUCCAGGCAGGGUUUUCGUGGAUGUAGUAGGACAUCCCUGAGACGGAGAAAAAGUAAACUUCCUGGCAGCAGCAGCCCCACGUUUACCGCUGGCGAUAAAGGAGGAGGUAUCGGCAAGGAAGGGGGGCUGGAAGGGAGAUGGCGGUGGAUGGUGGAGGAGGUGAUCCUCAGUGCCCGGUGGACAGAAAUGAGGACAAGGUGAGGAAGAAGAAGAGAAGAAAAAGUAAGGAUGGCAGGACGAGGAGUGUGUGCUCUAGCUUGCUCUAUGAUUCCUGUGGGAAGGCAGCCUCGGAGAACCCCAACCGACAUUAUGCCGGUAACUCCAUCAAGACCACCAAGUACACGGCGCUCUCAUUCCUACCCAAAAACUUGUUCGAACAGUUCCAUCGCCUGGCCAAUGUCUACUUCGUCUUCAUCGCUCUUCUUAACUUUGUCCCAGCCGUCAAUGCCUUCAAACCCGAGCUGGCUCUGGCCCCGGUCAUCUUCAUCCUGGCUGUCACCGCCAUCAAGGACCUGUGGGAGGACUACCGGCGCUACCGGUCCGACAAGGAGAUCAACCACAUGGACUGCCUGGUGUACAGCAGGAGUGAGAGAAAAUAUGUUGAAAGAUACUGGAAAGAGGUGCAAGUGGGAGACUUUGUCCAACUGCGUUGCAAUGAAAUAAUCCCUGCUGACAUACUGCUGCUCUCGUCAAGCGAUCCCGAUGGACUCUGCCACAUCGAAACAGCCAAUUUGGAUGGAGAAACAAACUUGAAGCAGCGGCAGGUGGUGAAAGGAUACUCUGACCUGGAAUCUGAAUUUGACCCAAUGAAAUUUAACAGCGUUAUUGAAUGUGAAAAGCCGAAUAAUGACCUGAGCAGGUUUAGAGGUUACAUAGUUCACAAAAAUGGGAAAAAAGCUGGACUCUAUAAAGAAAACCUCUUGUUAAGAGGCUGCACUCUCAGAAAUACUGAAGUUGUGUCUGGAAUUGUAAUCUAUGCAGGCCAUGAAACCAAAGCUUUGCUAAACAACAAUGGACCUCGCUACAAACGUAGUAAGCUUGAGAGGCAAAUGAACACGGACGUCUUUUGGUGUGUGCUAAUACUUCUUAUCAUGUGCCUGUUUUCUGCUAUUGGUCAUGCUCUCUGGGUUUGGCAGUAUGGAGAGAAGAGGCCAGUGUUUGAUGUUCGCGGGCUAGAUGGAAACUAUGUGAAUCCCUUCCUAUCUGCAGUUUAUUUAUUUUUCACCAUGAUAAUAGUUUUACAGGUACUCAUUCCAGUUUCUCUGUACGUUUCCAUUGAAAUUGUUAAAAUUUGCCAAGUAUACUUCAUUCACCAAGACAAGGACCUCUAUGAUGAAGAAACAGACUCCCAGUUGCAGUGCAGAGCUCUGAACAUUACUGAAGACUUGGGUCAAAUACAGUAUAUUUUCUCUGACAAAACUGGAACACUUACUGAAAACAAAAUGGUAUUCCGUAGAUGCACAGUGUCUGGAGUAGAGUAUUCUCAUGAUGCUAAUGCAAAACGUCUUGCAAUGUAUCAGGAAGCAGACUCAGAAGAUGAUGACAUUGGACCAAAAACAGGCACCCUUCCUCGGCGUGACAGCAGUGGCAGCCAUCAUAGUGUGAAAGCUGUUCACCGUAGUCAUAGUACCAAGACUCACCGUCGUACAGGCAGCAGAGCCGAAGCAAUGAAAGCCAGCAUCCUUUCAAAGCACACUGCUUUCAGUAGCCCUAUGGAAAAAGACAUUACUCCUGACCCGAAACUACUGGAAAAAGUAAACGAUUGUACAAAAGCAUUGAAGAUUGUGAAACAUCGAGAUCAACUAUUUUCUCAACUUACACCUGAACUCUUGGAUAUUUUUGACUUUUUUGUUGCCUUGACAAUUUGUAAUACUGUAGUGGUUACCAGUCCAAACCAGCCAAGACAAAAGGUUAGAGUUCGGUUUGAACUUAAAUCCCCUGUCAAGACAAUAGAGGACUUCAUUCGCAAAUUUACUCCCAGUCGUUUAACAUCCGGAUCAAACAGCAGCAGUUCAUCCAGUCUUUCAACAAGCAAAUCUAUGCACAGAGUUGGAUCCGGUGUCUUAUCCUCCAGUUCAAUUGAUGGCAAUUUUAUGAAGUUGGAAGGAAACCUUUCAAACUCUCCACAGAGGACUUUUAAUGGAAAUUGCUCUCAGACAGGAAAUAGAGUUGCAUCAGAUGGGCAAGAAGGAGAAUUGCGCUAUGAAGCCGAAUCUCCUGAUGAAGCUGCUCUUGUAUAUGCCGCCAGAGCAUAUCAUUGCUCACUGGUCGGUAGGCUGUCUGAUCAAGUAACAGUGGAACUCCCACACUUGGGUAGAUUGACCUUUGAACUCUUACACACGCUGGGCUUUGAUUCCACCAGAAAAAGAAUGUCUGUUGUGGUUAGGCAUCCCCUCACAGAUGAAAUUGUUGUAUACACUAAAGGAGCAGAUUCUGUUGUUUUGGAUCUUGUUCAGUCCUGUUCUAAAGAUCACACUGUGGGAAAACACCAAAGAAAAAUUCAAGCCAAAACACAAAGUUACCUAAACUACUAUGCGGUUGAUGGAUUACGGACCUUAUGUAUUGCAAAACGUGUUCUUAGUAAGGAAGAAUAUGCUUGUUGGUUGAAAUUUCAUUUACAAGCAGAAUCCUCGUUAGAGAAUCGAGAAGAGCUACUGUUCCAAUCUGCAGUUCGCCUGGAGACCAAUCUGCACUUGCUUGGUGCCACUGGAAUAGAAGAUCGCUUACAGGAUGGAGUGCCAGAGACUAUCACUAAACUGCGUAAAGCUGGUCUUCAGAUAUGGGUUUUGACUGGAGAUAAGCAAGAAACUGCUGUGAAUAUUGGCUAUUCUUGCAAACUUCUAGAUCACGCAGAUGAUAUCAUUACUUUAAAUGCUCAUUCACUUGAAGCGUGUGCUGCUCUUCUUGAUCAGUGUUUGCAUUAUGUAGAAUCCAAGUUUUCAAGUAACGCUAAGGAAAAAGGUGCUGAAAAUGCAAAUGCUGGUUUUGUCCAAACCAAUCCUCGGUUUUCAAACUCAAAGAAACCAAAUCUUGGCCUUGUAAUUGAUGGAAAGACAUUGGCCUUUGCACUAGACAUAAAGCAAGCAGAUAAAUUUCUUUCACUUGCAAGACAAUGUCGAUCUGUACUUUGCUGUCGCUCCACUCCACUUCAAAAGAGCAUGGUGGUGAAGCUGGUCCGAGACAAGCUCAAAGCUAUGACCUUGGCAAUAGGUGAUGGAACCAAUGAUGUAAGCAUGAUCCAAGUAGCUGAUGUUGGUGUCGGAAUCUCUGGUCAGGAAGGAAUGCAGGCCGUAAUGGCAAGUGACUUUGCAGUUCCAAGGUUCCGGUAUUUGGAGAAACUACUGCUUGUCCAUGGCCGAUGGUGUUAUUCAAGACUGGCCAACAUGGUGUUGUAUUUUUUUUAUAAAAAUGCAAUGUUCGUGGCACUUCUCUUUUGGUAUCAAUUCUACUGUGGGUUUUCUGGAUCAUCAAUGAUUGACCAGUGGUAUCUGAUCUUCUUUAAUUUAUUGUUCUCAUCCAUUCCACAACUUGUCACUGGAAUUCUAGACAAAGACCUUCCUGCAGAGAUGCUGCUUGCCGUUCCUGAACUCUAUAGAAGUGGUCAAAUGAUGGAGGAAUAUAAACCACAUAUGUUUUGGCGCAACAUGAUCGAUGCUUUUUACCAAAGCCUUGUAUGCUUUUUCAUCCCUUAUUUUACAUUCUAUGAUUCUGGUACAGAUUUGUUCACAUGGGGAACUCCAAUUGUUACGUGUGCACUUGUUACUAUUAUGCUGCAUUUAGGUAUUGAGACCAAAACUUGGACGUGGAUCAACGUGGCUUCCAUUCUAUACAGCAUUUUCCUGUUUUUCAUUGUGGCUUUGAUCUAUAAUUCAUCUUGUCCAACGUGCAACCCUCCUUCAAAUCCAUACUGGACAAUGCAGAAUCUAAUGGCCAGUCCUUCAUUUUAUUUUAUUUGCAUUUUGUCACCUGUUGCUGCAUUAUUACCCAGGUUUUUGUAUAAGUCUGUUCAAGGAACCAUGUUCCCAACGCAAGUACAAAUUGGGCGACAGAUCCUUAAAAACCAUCCAGAAUGUCUUACUCAUUUACUCAACAGACUGAACUCAAACACCGAAUCUUCACCUGAAAAGCAAAGCAAUACUACUAUAUCAAACCUCAGCGACUUUAAUUUUGUCAGAAACCAAAGAGAAACCGAUGUGCAACAAGAGAAGGAGGGACACUUUCCAUCAUUGCAAAGUACCAUUAGAAGUCCGACCAGCGUUGAACAUGUUUGUCUCAACCCAGAUGCUUCUGUUAUUAAAAAACAGGAAUACCAGAAAGGAGAAAGCGACAUUUUAUAUCAUCGGAACUCUAUUGUGUCAGAUUCCCUGCUCAAUUGGAGCACUUCAUCUACAAAGCUGGACCAAUCUGAUGUUAGUCUAAUUAGCUGGAUGACUUCUACUCCUUUGUUUAAAGAAGGUAAUCAAGCAAAGCAUCAGUCAGACAAUGCGGAAUACAGGUCUAAAGAGGAUAUAAUUUUACCAACUGAUCCUUAUAUCACCAAAGACCGGGAAGAUGUGGCAACAUGCAAUAUAACUUUCCACCCAGAAAGGACUGCUAGAACAGGGGAGCUGCAGGAAACAAAAUUUUUAUGAUAACUACAGAACAUGGUUAAUUUAUAUUUUCUACUUUGCACAUUGAACUUCAAGUUAAUUUACUUAAGAAAAAA